AUAUAGGAUCAUGAUGGAGUUCCUUUGUCACAUGUCAAUUACAUCUUAGCCUUGCUUGGUUGGAACUUCACUUAUUUCUGUUGUGCUUGCUUAAUGGGAAAAAAAAAUCUUAUUGCCAUGGCAUUGGAUUCCACAGCAACAGAUGAGCUCGACAGUAGUGUAGGAGUAUUUAUUUCCCCUCUGAGGUGAAUAUAUGCACAGGUUUAACUAUUUUGUGUGUCACUUGCACAAGAGAAUUGCAAUUUGUAAGAAUAACACAGGUUUAGCAACAUCUGCCAGAGUUGUCAUGCUCUCUAAUUAAAUGUCCAUAUGUGCUGUAAUGCAUAGGAGCAACAGGGCUAAAUUCAUAGUUUGAUGUGGUUUAGUCUGUAGGUAGAAAAGGAGGGGCUGGAGGCCAGCCUCGUCUCUGAAUAUGAGUUUAUUUUUAAUGACUUUCUUUUCUCUGAUUAAAUAAUUUCAUUGGAAGAAUAAUUUGAGACAUGUGGUAAGCUAGAAGCAUUGUAUUUGAUUUGGAAAUUGAUGUAAAGUAAACCCCAAAUUUUGAACCAAGAUUAUUUGAAUAUUUAUACCCAUUGCCAUAGCAAGUCAUGGCUAGAGGACAGGAAAAGCAUGCAUUAGAGAGCAGCUUUUGAGAAUAUCCUUUAUUUAUUAAAUGUGUUUAAACAAAGACCAACAUUGUAUGGUAGAGAAGUCACUGGACAUAGUCAGGAAGAUAUUAGUUCCAAUCCUACUCUGCAGAUUCAUUAGUUACAUGAUUUUAGGCAAAUCACUUCAUUUCCUAAGUCUUAGCUUUUUCAUUUGUAAAAUGAGGAUAGGAAUAGUAGAAAAUAUGCAUAAAUCAUAUUUAAAAUCUUAAAACACCAUAGAAAUAUGAUGCUAUCAUUAUUAUCAUCAUUAUCUUUUUUGAUGGGGUUCAGUUAGAAAUGGUCCUGGACCAAAUUAAUAUUCUGAUAUUCUUUUAUAAUUCUAGUAGACUGCUAUACAGGCAAGUUAAAGUCUUUUUUAGUGGAAUAAAAUUAUUAGGAAGUAAGUUUACUUUCUGUAAAAUGACUAAAAGUAUGAUUGGUAUAAUAACAAUAGAAUACAGAACAGAUAUUGAUGAUAUUGGCUAGAUUCUGUUCCCACUUGAUUUCUAUCUUUGUUAUAUCUCUCUUUUGAAAACUUUUUCAUACACAUAACUUGAAGAUCAUAAGUAUUAACACCAAUAUUAUUAAUUUUACUCCUACUUUUACUGCUACUAUCAGUGCUAUUACUACCACUAUUUUUUGGUCCAUCAAAACUUUGAAUUAAGUUUUGACAAAAAAAGUCAGAGUAUUGUUUAAAUGCAGGCCACUACUUUGAAAAGGACAUAAUGGGAACUUAAUAUGAACUUUUAUGAAAGCCUCAGAGAGAAAAUUUAGACCUUCACUAAUAUAAUUUUAAAAGCACAUUUAAUGCAUAGAAAACCAUGUUCUUCAUCUUUCCAGGUGUGACAAAGAUGGAUGACAAUUAUGUAAGGAAUUGGCUCUUUCCAAAAGAAUUUUUUGUAAAAGCUCUUCCUUUGAACCUGGAAGUAUAAUAAAUGCUUUUAAAAAAUGUUUGAAAGACACUUCAUUAUCAUUUUUAAAAGCUGCUUACCUACAUAGUAUGCUAAUAUGUUGCAUAAAACUCCUUUGACUUGAAAGAUGUGUCCAAGAAGAUGACACAACAGUUUAAGAGAUAUUUCAUUAUUACGCUUAUGUGGCAGAAGAAAGGAAGAAAGAAAGAAAGGAAGAAAGGAAGAAAGGAAGAAAGAAAGAAAGAAAGAAAGAAAGAAAGAAAGAAAGAAAGAAAGGAAGGAAGGAAGGAAGGAAGGAAGGAAGGAAGGAAGGAAGAUAGAAGUUAUAUAUUUGCAUUUUUCAUUUUAAAUGUGUAGAAAUAACAGCAAAUAAGCCCAUUAUUGUGCUAGCAAGGCAAAAAUAGUUUAAACUUUGGAAGAUAAUAGAAUUUUUCUCCCUAAACUGAUUAAUUAUUCAAUCAAUAUUUGGAACUGAUGAUGGCUAGAAGUUGCUGUCAAUUGUUUUCUGAUUUUUAUCUGUUCAAAAUUUUUGCAGUGCUAUUUCUCCAGGGUUAAAAAAAUCCCUUUCAAUCCAGUAUUAAGUUCAAUUCGUUCUUAAAGAAAGAGCAUGAAAGUUGUCUGUAAGAUUAACUAUUUCAUUUUUUCCAGUAUAAAUACAGUCCAAUAUUUUAAUUGGCUAAAAAAUGAUGAAAGCUAUUUCUAAACUUGUAUAUAAUUAUUAUUUUUCUUUAUUUAAAAAAUAAAGUUUAAAAAAUCUUGGGAUAAAUGUUCAGUGACUCAAAUGAAAGCUCUCGUGGGGAAUAAAGCAGAAUGGCUUUCCCAUCUCAUAUCAAUAUAUAUGAAAUAGCAUAUGGGAAGUCAUAAAUACUGUCCCAUAGACAUUUUGAAUAAUGUAGGAGUAGCGUAAGUAAUUGGAAGUGCUUACAUUCUGCCUUUAGACAUUUCAUUUCUCGUGAGUUAAAAUUGGUUGUCAAGUGUGGACUCAGAGGACUGUGCAAGGUGCCCUAUUCUGUCAUGUGCUACAUAUUUAAUGCUUGAAAGAACAAGGAAGGGACACGUGCGGGAGAGAAAAGGAGAUAGUGGGACCAGCACCGUGCUGGCAACUGCUCUUUGCAAAGAUUGGGGGUGGGGACCAUGCACCAUAGCGCUGCAUAUCAUCAGAUACUUUCAAAGAAAAUGUACACAUACAAUUUGGAGAGCAUUAUCUCACUCAGACCAAGCCAGCCUUGAAACUUGGCUUGUGUGUGACUGUAUCCGUAGCCCUUUUUGUGUCCCUCCUUUUGUGUGUGCGCAUCUCUCCCUCUGUGUGUGUGUGUGUGUGUGUGUGUGUUUAUUUCAUUUCUUUUCCUUUUUUUUCCCCCCUGGGGCUCAGCUAUAGGUGCUUAUAGCACCUGAUACACGAGCAUUGUGAGGCAGGCAGAAAAGCAGAACGAAGCAAACGCCCGGCGAGCGAGCACGACAGAUGUCUGUAGUCAUUUAUAUUGCCAGCACGUGGGUGCCGUUUGCUGUUUGCCCGUACUUCUCUUGUGUUCUCCUGGUGAGGAAACAGGAGGCACUUUGCAGCCGACAAUGAAAUCUUGGCAGCUAAUUGCAGUCGUGGGAGAUGCCCUUCAGGAUAUUAAAGCAGAUUGCAAUUCCUGUGUGGAAAUAGAGGACAGAAAAAUUUCAAGGCAGCAGAUGAAUUGUGAAAGAGACCAACUAAGGGGUAAUCAGGAAGCUACAGCAGCUCCUGACACGAUGGCACAGCCUUAUGCCUCCGCUCAGUUUGCGCCCCCUCAGAAUGGCAUCCCUGCAGAAUACACGGCUCCACAUCCUCACCCUGCUCCAGAGUACACAGGCCAGACUACAGUCCCAGAGCACACGUUAAACAUGUACCCUCCAGCGCAGACGCAUUCUGAACAGAGUGCCACCGACACAAGUGCGCAGACUGUCUCCGGCACAGCCACACAGACAGAUGAUGCAGCACAGACUGAUGGCCAGCCUCAGACACAACCUUCUGAAAACACAGAAAACAAAUCACAGCCGAAGCGGCUGCAUGUCUCAAACAUCCCCUUCAGAUUCCGGGAUCCAGACCUCAGACAAAUGUUUGGGCAAUUUGGUAAAAUCUUAGAUGUUGAAAUAAUUUUUAAUGAGCGAGGCUCAAAGGGAUUUGGUUUCGUAACUUUCGAAAAUAGUGCCGAUGCGGACAGGGCGAGGGAGAAAUUACACGGCACCGUGGUAGAGGGCCGUAAAAUCGAGGUAAAUAAUGCUACAGCACGUGUAAUGACAAAUAAAAAGACAGUCAACCCUUAUACAAAUGGCUGGAAAUUGAAUCCAGUUGUGGGUGCAGUCUAUAGUCCUGAAUUCUAUGCAGGCACGGUGCUGUUGUGCCAGGCAAACCAGGAGGGAUCUUCUGUGUACAGUGCCCCCAGUUCACUAGUAUACACUUCCACAAUGCCUGGUUUCCCUUAUCCAGCUGCAACUGCAGCUGCUGCUUACAGAGGAGCCCACCUCAGAGGCCGUGGCCGUACCGUCUACAACACCUUCCGAGCGGCGGCUCCCCCCCCUCCCAUCCCAGCCUACGGAGGUGUUGUUUACCAGGAUGGAUUUUAUGGUGCAGACAUUUAUGGUGGUUAUGCUGCCUACCGGUAUGCCCAACCCGCCACCGCCACUGCGGCUGCCUACAGUGACAGAAAUCAAUUCGUCUUCGUUGCAGCAGAUGAAAUUUCUUGUAACACCUCUGCAGUUACGGACGAGUUUAUGCUGCCGACCCCUACCACCACACACUUGCUCCAGCCCCCACCUACGGCGUUGGUGCCAUGAAUGCUUUUGCACCCUUGACUGAUGCCAAGACUAGGAGCCAUGCUGAUGAUGUGGGUCUCGUUCUUUCUUCAUUACAGGCUAGUAUAUACCGAGGGGGAUACAGCCGUUUUGCUCCAUACUAAAUGACAAAACCAUAAAAACCUUCCAAUGUGGGGAGAAAGGAAGCUUUCCGAGGCCCGGGUAUUGCAAUACAUGCAGUAGUGCAUCAUUUUAGCAACUCUAAAAAGAGGAAAAAAAUUACAUUUUUUAUCUUAUACCUCAGAUAUUUUGUUCUGUGUAUUUUAAUAUUGUGGGUCUUUAAUUUCUGAAGGUUCCGUAGUUUGAUUGCUGGCUGUAGAAGUUUUUGUGGUUGAUCUAGAAAGCUGCUAGAUAUGAAUAAAAACUGUUUUAGGGCCACAAUCAAGAGUGCUAUAUCAUGUAAAUGAAUUAUAUAUGCUGAAUAUUAAGCUAUUGGGGUUAUCACAUGUUUUGUAAGAGUGUAAGUGACUACAGUAGUCAUUUUUUCUGCAUCUACAUUUAUUUUAGUUUAUGAAAAGGGAGGGUGGGAGGGAGUCAGGGAUAAAGGGAUUGGGAGGGGGGCUGGCUAAAAAAAAGUUAUUAAAUUGAUGAAGCUAAAACGGGCCCCACUGCACCAACUAUCAUUUAUCAAAUGUCGUAAAUUACUCACUUGUUUGUUCCAAGCCAAAGGUUAUGUUGUUAUAGGGGGUGCUUCUAGAGACACUUGUACAUACAAAAUCUGAUUAAAGCUGUCCAAGCCCACCCUUUUAAACCAUUCCACCAGGCAGCAUUCAGCUAUUUAACCAUAACUAGUUAUUUAGGCAAAAACUGCUAGUUAGGCCAUUAAUAAGCAUUCUUUUUAUAUUUCUUCCAGUAUAAUAAAUUAUUGAUAUCAUUGCUGACUUUUAUAUUAUGGGAGGGAAAAAAAACAUUAAUAAAAAGGUGAUAAAAGCACUGUUUCUAUUUUUUUCUUUUUUUCCAAAAAAGAAAGUAAUAAAAACUUAAAUUCUUUGUACCAGUAAAAAAAAAAUGUAUAAAAUUUACAUCUGUGCAGUGGAGUUGUUAAGUUCUAGAAACACAGCCUAUGAAGCUUUAGAUUUAGCCUAGUAGAACAACUGUUAGAGACAGACGUAUCAUUUUUAUGGAAUUACAUGAUAAUCAUAUUCAAAUUUAUAUAAGCAUUUUACAAGUAUUGCAAUCAUUGAGUAGAGAUAAUCAUGGUAUUUUCAUCAGCUUGGUACUUUUUGAAACAUGACUGUGUCGUGUAAACAAUCUGCAAUUUUUCAAUCCGUGACAACCUGUCCCCUCCCUUCCAUAUCCCUCCCCCUCCAAAAAAAAAAUAAAAUAAAAUAAAAAGAGUGAAAAAAAAAAGAAAAUUUCCAAACCAAUCCCAUUUUCAUUCAUCAUCAGGCCCAGGACAAAUUUCAAGUGGGAGCAAAAGUAGGGCCACCUUCUCCUUAUUAAAGCAUCAUGCACGCAAGUGACACACACCUGGGUUGCUCGGAAGCUCAUCCACUUAACCUGUGGAAGGGGCCAAGGUGGCAGAUUCAAACACAGUUGAAAAACUUGCAGUUUGUCUGUGCAUAUGUUUGGACUCUUUCCAUGUUGUCCUGUUUACAAGUUAACCUGAGUUGGGGUGUUUGUCACGGGUCUUCCUGUUUUUUGUAUUUAAAUAAAUAAAGCAGAAAACUGUCUCGAUGCAGUUUUGCUGCUAAUAGUUAUAUUCUCAUGUGUACUAGUGCAUGCCCAAGGGCAUGCACUUUAGUAAGUUAUCAACUCACCGCUGUGAACCUGCCAACUUGCUAUAACAACUCUGCUUUAACAAAAAAACAAAAAACAAAAAAAAAAGUGUUUGUGAUCCAGCUUCCUCUUGUCAUCGUAUGUGCAUGCAGUAUGAUCGGUUGGACAAUAAACCAUCAAUAAAGUUUCACAAGAUUUGAAAACAAAGUUUCUGUAGCAUUGAUAUCUAAGACUGAAAAUAAACGAUCUUGAAAAGAGAAAGAUGUUAACGAACAAAAAGAUGGCAUAUGACAUUAAUUUGCCACUGGUUGGGGAAUGAUAGAAAACUAAUAUGACAUGCUCAUUCCUCCACCUGGAAAACCAAAUGUGUGAAAAGACAAGUGGCCUGGAUAAUAUUUUUGAGGAAGUUAAAUUUAUUAAAAUGCUAAGGCAUCCCAGUUGCAACAAUAAAAUGGGGAAUUUUUUUUCCUAAGUAGCUUCAAAUGAAACGUGGAAAUGCCAUCUAUUUUUGGAAUCACACACAUGAAAUAAUAAAUGUGUUGGUAAUAGCCAAAUUUAUUUGCGAUUUUGAUUUCCACUUCUGAGAUAUACUUCCCCUCAUGAUUUAAGUAGUUUUAAUAAAAUUAUUUAAAAGAUGUGGGUGCCAACCAAUGAUGCAGAAUAUUUUGUUUAGAAAGCUCCUACAAGACUCCAAUAAGUCAUUUUAAAAUGUAUGUCUGAGAUGUAAGAAAAAAGGUUUUUUUUUUUACAGUAUAUAUUGAGAAUGUUUUCACUUAUAUAAAUAACUACUGAUAUUAUGAAUUAUGGGGAAAAAUUAAUACCAUGUGUGGCAUAUAGUGACUUCUAAACAACAAAAAAAAAUCUGCAAACCCAGAAAAUGUGUAUAUCUGUCUUUAGAAAUUAGUGUUUAUAUCACUACAGUGGUUUGUGAAUAAAGAAAACUGGUUUGUAAUAUUAAAAAUAAAAGCUUAGUCUGAAAAGGUA